AUGGCUAUUCUUGGUGUUAACAUCGGUUACGUGCUCGGAUUUUCCCCUGGUCUUCUUUCACUUUGGCAGAGCUGCAUGGUAAGUGCUGUUGAAGUAGACGCUCUUCAGGCGCCGCUAUGCACACUUCAUCGGGACAAAGUAAAAGGAAGGUAUUCUUUGCUUUGGUCUGCUACUCGCAAACCUUCUACGUAUGCAUCUGGCGCUCAAAGGAAUAUCGAAAAGGAUUCGUAG